AUGCUAAGAAUUUCUCGUCGCCUAAUGUCUACAGUAUCUAAAACCAAUCCCGCAGGCCUUCACAAUCCUUACUUCACCAUCAAGCAUGGAUCCAAAGAUGUUUGGUCUCUUAUCAACGAAACGGCUGCCGCUGCCCAAGAAGAGUUAGGGAAACCAAUUGUUAACUUGGGACAAGGGUUUUUCUCGUACAACCCACCGGAUUUUGCCCUUCAGGCUGUUAACGAAACAAUUCAAACUCCUCAGUACAACCAGUAUGCCCACGCCAAGGGUAACCCAAAUCUUUUAAACCAGUUGUCUAAGUUUUACACUGAACAUUUGGGAAGACCAGUACCCAAGGAGGAAAUCCAAGUCACCACUGGUGCCAACGAAGGGAUGUUCUCCAUAUUCUUUGGAUUUUUAGAACCCGAAGACGAAGUCAUAGUCUUUGAACCAUUUUUCGACCAGUACAUACCAAAUGUGGAAAUGACCGGUGCCAAGGUGAAGUACGUUCAAUUAAACUACCCAGCCAAGUUGGACAAGGAGAAUGUAACUGGGGAUGACUGGCAAGUCGACUGGGAAGGAUUGAAAGCUGCAAUUACCCCAAAGACCAAGAUCAUUGUCAUAAACACUCCUCACAAUCCAAUUGGAAAGGUGUUCAAUGAAGAAGAAUUGUACAAGAUUGGAAAAUUGUGUAUUGAAAAUAAUUUAAUUCUUGUUAGUGACGAAGUUUAUGAAAACUUGUACUACGGACCUUCUUUCCCGAGACCUGCUACGUUGAAGUCCUUACCCGAGUUGAGUGAAAGAACUUUAACUGUGGGUUCAGCCGGGAAAUCAUUUGCUGCUACCGGAUGGAGAGUUGGUUGGGUGCAAGGACCUGCUAGUCUUAUUCAGUAUGUCGCUGCAGCCCAUACUAGAAUAUGCUUCUCGACGCCAGCUCCAUUACAACAGGCCGUGAGCGAAGCCUUUAUUGCUGCAUCAGAGAAUGGAUACUUUGAAAAGACUAGACAAGAAUACUUGAAGAAGUAUGAAAUCUUCACCAAAGUAUUUGAAGAAUUAGAUUUACCUUAUACCAAAGCUGACGGAGGUUACUUCCUCCUUGUGAACUUGCUGAAAGUUAAUAUACCUGAAUCAUAUGUAUUCCCAGAGGAUAUCUUGGGCCGUGGAACUGAGGACUUUAAGCUUGCCUACUGGUUAAUCAAGGAAAUCGGAGUUGUUGGAAUCCCACCAACGGAAUUCUUGGUUCCUUCCCACAGAAAGGGGAACGGCUUAGAGAAAUGUCUCAGAUUUGCCGUCUGUAAAGAUAAUUCCGUCUUAGAAGAUGCCGUUGAGAGAUUGAGAAAGUUAAAGGACUACUUUUGA